GUCAUUCCCUUGUCCUCCUUAAUACCUCCGAGAAGUAAUGGAAGGGUUCAAUGGUUGGUUGUAUGAAAGCUUCAACCAUGAUUUCGCCAUUCGAAGGUUUUGUUCGGCAAGAGUUGAGCUUGAACAAGGGGAGUUGGGCGAUGCCAUGAAUAAUGAGAUUGAGCCCUUUUGUCCUGAUGAUGAAAUUAGCACCCCUCACUUAGCUGCUUCUGAGGUCGAUGACUUUGUUGAUAGUUUCAUUAACAUGGAUUAUGAUGUUGAUGAUGAUGGGGAUGGGGAUGAUAAAGACGAUCGUAACUCCAAGAAGCAGCAAAAUUUCCAUCAUUUUCAGGACAAAAUCGAGGCAUUUUCGAUUGUCAAUGAUGAUUCGCUGAUGAUUGAAGGAGAUGAAUUGGAGAUGAGUAGCUCAUGUGAAGAUUUGGGAGCAAAUGAAAUGGUUCCUAGCAUAGAGGAGGCCAGCCAUGGGGUAGACCAAGGGCUUCACCUGGUGCACUUGCUGCUGGCAUGUGCCGAGGCAGUAGGCUGCCGUGACAUACACCUUGCGACCUCUAUGCUCAGCCAAAUUGGGGCUUCGGCUACUCCUUUGGGUGAUUCACUGCAAAGGGUUUCCUAUUGUUUUGCUACAGGAUUGAAAUCUAGACUGUCUCUUCUUCAAAAUGUCAACGGAAACGGCACCAUUACAAAUUGUGCCAUUGAUGUGCCAAUGAUAGCUAGGGAGGAGAAAAUGGAGGCUUUUCAAUUACUUUACCAGACAACUCCUUACAUUGCAUUUGGCUUCAUGGCUGCAAAUGAGGCAAUAUGUCAAGCAGCACAAGGGAAAGGUUCCUUGCACAUCAUUGAUCUGGGAAUGAAACAUACCCUUCAAUGGCCUUCCUUGAUAAGAGCGCUAGCAUCAAGGCCUGAAGGUCCCCCAACUCUCCGAAUCACAGCAUUAACCAGUGAUGAAGAUCUAGUAGAGCUUGAAGCUAGCAUGAAGUCCCUUGUCGAGGACGCCAGCUCACUAAGUAUAGCAAUGGAGUUCCACAUGAUAUCAGAGCCAGUUACACCGUCUCUUAUGACCAGAGAGAAUCUCAACUUAAGAGAAGGGGAAUCAUUAUAUAUCAACAGUGUUAUGCACUUGCACAAAUAUGUGAAAGAGAGUAGAGGAUCACUCAAAGCAAUCCUCCAAGCCAUCAAGAAACUAGGCCCAGCUUUGCUAACAAUGGUGGAACAAGAUGCAAACCACAAUGGACCAUUCUUUCUUGGGAGGUUCCUCGAGUCCCUUCACUACUAUUCAGCCAUUUUUGAUUCCCUUGAGGCAAGUCUACCUAGACAUAGUCCUCAAAGGAUGAAGAUAGAGAGGCUUCACUUUGCGGAAGAAAUUCGAAACAUUGUAGCUUACGAAGGAACGGACAGAAUGGAAAGGCAUGAAAGAGCAGAUCAAUGGCGGAGACAAUUAGGCAGAGCUGGGUUUCAAGUGAUGGGGCUGAAGUGCUUGAGUCAGGCAAGGAUGAUGCUUUCAGUUUAUGGCUGUGAUGGUUACACAUUGGGCAGUGAGAAAGGGUGCCUCCUCCUGGGGUGGAAAGGAAGGCCCUUGAUGCUGGCAUCUGCUUGGCAACUGCACAAUGCUUCAUCUGCCUACUAAUCUACAACCACAUUGUCUCAAUCAAAACCAUUAUUUUAUUUGGUUUGACAUUGACAUUUAUUAAACUGGUUUUAGAAAACAAUAAGAUUAAAAAAGGUUUAUGUUCUUGGGGACAAUCACAAUAUAGGGCCCCUUGCCACUAGCGAUUUCGUUGUCCAAGAAAUUGCCUUUUUAGGACUUUGCAGGUUGAUUACCUGUCCUGCAGAACUCCUUGGCCGGCUACUUCAUAUAUAUUUUUUCUUAAAUGCA